CCCCUUCCCAUUUAUGGCUUUAUGCUCUAGCAGGGGCGGGUCUCCGGUUGCAGUUCUUAGCUAUAUCCGGCCCUCUGCAAUAUUUGCAUUUGUUCCAUCUGCCGUUCACAUACUCAGAUCACACUCCCCUUGAACGGUUAAUCUUCCUAUCUUGGAUUCCUGUAUUCUUUUUUAUCUUAUUUUUUUAUUUUUACAGUCAUUCAUAUCCAUAUUUCCCGAAAAUUCUCUCUCACUCUCUCCGAUUCCAAACAAAAUCCUUCCAGUCGGCCACGCCCCAACUCCGAUCCACCAACGCCGCCUCGCCUCUCUGCAUCUUCACCAAACUCGGAACUUCGGAACCUGUGCAGACACUCACAAGGCGAGUGAUCUUCCUCCUCCAUCCAUGGCAGCCUCCAAGCUCCAAGCUCUGUGGAAUCAUCCCGCCGGACCUAAGACCAUUCAUUUCUGGGCACCAACCUUUAAGUGGGGUAUUAGCAUAGCGAACAUUGCUGAUUUUGCUAAACCCCCAGAGAAUCUCUCCUAUCCCCAGCAAAUAGCGGUUACUGCCACUGGAAUUAUCUGGUCACGCUAUAGCACUGUAAUUACACCUAAAAACUGGAACCUAUUUAGUGUAAAUGUGGCCAUGGCAGGUACUGGCAUCUACCAACUUACUCGUAAAAUAAGGCAUGAUUAUUUUGAUGUAGAGCAAGCUGCCAUAGCAAAAGAAUGAUGCCCUUUAUCUUUGAGGCCACUCUGCCUCACAACUGUACUUCAGUUCAAGUGCCCUAAUCUUUCCCCAUCAACAUAUACAUUUGGAUUGGAUUUUGUAUGUUAUGUAUUUCAUCAUAACAUUUAGUGCAUAAAGGCUAUUUUUCUUCUGAAUGGCCAUGUUUCGUCCGUGUUUUAGCAAAACCAUCUACAGUGCCCUAUCAAGAGUUUUUCUCGGUUCUUUACAGGCUCGAUCAUUUAGUUAUUGUUAUUUCGACAUUUGUUUUCUCAUUUUG